UUGGGGGCGUUGAGCUCUGAGGCCCGGGCCUACAGCCCCUCGCGGCCGCGCAAGAGGCCCGUGCCCCGGCCUCCCCGCCACCUUCCCUCAGCGCCCGGCCCCGCCUCGGCUCGCUCCCCUCUGCCGUCUGUCGCCAUGGCCUUCGCCUCCCGGGAGAGCGCGGGCUCGGGGCGCUGGCGACCGUCGCGUCACCGGGCGCUGCGCGGGCUGCUGCUGCUCUGCCUGUGGCUGCCGAGCGGCCGCGCGGCCGGGCAGCCGGCAGCCCCGCUGUCCGAGCUGCACGCGAAGCUCUCGGGCGUGGAGCAGCUGCUGGAAGAGUUCCGCCGGCAGCUGCAGCAGGAGCGGCCGCCGGAGGAGCUGGAGCUGGAGCUGCGCGCGGGCGGCGGCCCCCAGGAGGACUGCCCGGGCCCGGGCGGCGGCGGCUACAGCGCCAUGCCGGACGCCAUCAUCCGCACCAAGGACUCCAUCGCGGCGGGUGCCAGCUUCCUGCGGGCCCCAGCGGCCGUGCGAGACUGGCGGCAGUGCGUGGCGGCCUGCUGCUCCGAGCCGCGCUGCUCCGUGGCGGUGGUGGAGCUGCCCCGGCGGCCCGCGGCCCAGCCCGCCGCGCUCCCCUGCUACCUCUUCAACUGCACCGCGCGGGGCCGCAGCGUGUGCAAGUUCGCGCUGCAUCGCGGCUACAGCAGCUACAGCCUCACCCGCGCGGAGAACGGCCUAGAGGCUGGAAACCCAGCCCCGGCCACCGCCCGCGCCUCGCCCCGGCUGGAAGAGGAUGAGCCUCCACUUAGCAAGGCUGGGGAGGAUGUGGUUUUGCAUCUGCCCACAGACGGGGUGAUUUUGGAUGGCCGUGAGAGCACAGAUGACCAUGCCAUUGUCCAGUACGAGUGGGCGCUGCUGCAGGGUGACCCGUCAGUGGACAUGAAGGUGCCUCAAUCAGGAACCCUGAAGCUGUCCCACCUCCAGGAGGGAACGUACACCUUCCAGCUGACUGUGACUGACACUGCUGGGCAGAGAAGCUCCGACAAUGUGUCUGUGACAGUGCUUGCCAGGGCCUACUCCACGGGAGGGUGUUUGCACGUUUGCUCACGCUACCACUUCUUCUGUGAUGACGGCUGCUGCAUUGAUAUCACACUGGCUUGCGAUGGAGUGCGGCAAUGUCCCGAUGGGUCUGAUGAAGCCUUCUGCCAAAACUUGGGCCUUGACCACAAGAUGAUGACCCACACGGCAACUAGUCCUGCCCAGCCAAGAACCCCCGGACUGAGUGAAGAGGCAAGAAGGGAGUCCUUAUUGGAAAAGUCCCAGAAAGCCACUGCUCCAAACCAGCCACCUGCAUUAGCAAAUGCAGAGAAGAGGAAUCAUUCUAUGUCUUGGGGACCAGCGAGUCAAAUAAUUCCUGUGAUGCCAGAUAGUAGUUCCUCAGGGAAGAACAGAAAAGAAGAAACUUAUAUCUUUGAAUCAAAGGGCAAUCGAGGAGGUGGGGAACACCCACCUCCAGAAGCAGGUGCAGUACUGCCCCUGGCAUUGGGUUUGGCGAUAACUGCUUUGCUGCUUCUCAUGGUUGCUUGCCGACUACGACUGGUAAAACAGAAACUUAAAAAAGCUCGUCCCAUUACAUCUGAGGAAUCGGACUACCUCAUAAAUGGGAUGUAUCUAUAAUAAAUGUAAUUGAA